GAGGUAACAGGAAUGCGAGGAAUGUUUAGCCGCAGCGGCGAGCACACCCAGGUCCAAGACCUGUCGUCUUUCUCUCAGUUUCUGUCUCCGUUGCUUCUUUACUUUCCUCCACCUCCUCCACCGUUCCCCUUCUCACUCUAGUCUGCACGUAGCAACGCAGCUCACCUUCCGUCGCCAGUCGUAAACUAGAAGUUACCCGAGUCGCUGCUGCUCGCUGCUGUGUUGCUAUCUGUUUAGUGACCAUCAUAUUCGUGUUUCCUCCUCUUAAUCUAGUUGCUCCCGUUCCGGAGGUGGCUCCUCUGCUACUGUACCGUUGUUUGAUGUUCACUGACGUUAACGUUGUGCUUUAAUUCGCCCCGCGACCGUAUCAUCGCAAUUAACCGCACCCGGACUACUUGGAUACGUCAACAUGGCAACCAACCUGUGUGUGUGUUGUGUGUGCUUCCUUAGCUAAACUAAACUGGAUUAAGUUUGGUUCUGUAGACUACUUGAACAGUGAAAGUGUCAACAUCUACUGGUGUUGUUGUUAGUUGUGGGAAGUACAAUAUUAUAUUUGAAAAAUGAUGGCUUCAAGGAGACGAUACAAUGCAACACCAAUCUGCCGGUGUCGCGUGUUGUAUCUGGGCUCAGCUGUGCCCCAAGUAUCAAAGGACGGCCUCCAGGGCAUCCAAGACCCUCUGAGAGACCUCUACCCCGACCAGGGCGCCAUCGGAGCCAGGGGAAUCGACUCAUGGCUCAGUGUUUGGAGUAAUGGACUUUUGUUAGAAAACAUCGAUGAAAACCACAAGAAAAUCACUCGCUUCUUCCCGAUAGACACUCUCCACUACUGUGCGGCUGUCCGGUUUGUGUUGAUUCCCGAGAAGGGGAGUUCUGCAUCCCUGCCACGAUUUCUGCCACUUGAUUCGCCCUUUGCUCGUGCCCCUGAUCCCAACCACCCUCCUUUGUUUGCGGCUAUUUUGAGACGCACCACUGGUAUUAAAGUUCUCGAGUGUCACGCGUUCAUCUGCAAGAGAGAGAUGGCUGCCAACGCGCUGGUGCGUUGCUGCUUCCAUGCAUACGCCGACUCUUCGUACGCGAAGCACUUGGAGUCUGGGGGAACCACCACGCCGGGCGCAGAGAUCUACGACACCAUCGACCAUCUCAACCGAACGUCGAGGAGUAUGGGCAAGUUUGAAGGUCAGAGACGCAUGGCGUCCUUGCCACAGAGUGUCUUCACCGACCGGCCCCGCAUGGGAACCCUCAGCUACCGGAAAGACUUCACCAGCUCGGCUGAUGACAUCUCAAUCUAUAAUGGUAACCCGUCGGAUAACUACAGGACCUGGAACCGCAGCACGAGGGACCUGUCUUCUGUGGACAACAUCUACGGUGAGCUGGAUGACAACACUAUGCGGAGCAUGCGCUCUAACCGCCCACGCCAGGUCACCAACAGUCCCCACAUCCUGCCUCCCAAUCCCAACCUUUUCGAAAUGAAAUCCAGUCCGGCUGAUAAGCAGGAUAGGAAGAAAACGAAACCUCUGCCUCCACCUAGGUCGUGAGUCGUGAUGGUAAGACCGAUGAACUGAUCAAUCAAACAAAUCUUUACCAUAUCAUUUUUCUUAUUAUUUUUAAGGACGAUUUCCCAGAUAUCUUUUGUUUAGUUUAUAUAUUUCCAUGUAUUUUUUACUUUUAUAUUUUUUAUGUAAAUAAUAUUUUGAUUGAAAUUUGAA